GUCUGGCCGACAAUCAACCUGGUUCUCGCAGUAUGAUCAAGAUGGCGAAGCUGGGAAUAUUGGUAGCUGUUGCCGUGUUUCUGGAGAUGGUCUCUGCGACCUCUCUCGGGGUGGUGAACACAGAGGGAGGUAGGGUGGAGGGUGAGAACAUUCGUCUUGGUUUCCGCCGUCACAUGGACAUCUUCAGGGGGAUUCCCUUUGCUGACAUUCCUGGAAGGUUUGAGAAACCGAAGCGUCAUCCUGGCUGGGACGGUGUUCUGAAGGCCACUGAGUACAGGAAGAGAUGUCUCCAGGUGAACCUUAUCAUGACUGACACCAGAGGCAGUGAAGACUGUCUUUACCUUAACAUCUGGGUUCCUCACGGACGCUCAGUGUCCACUGGCCUGCCCGUCAUGGUCUGGCUCUAUGGAGGAGGCUUCCUGGCUGGAGGGUCAAUGGGUGCUAACUUCCUGGACAACUAUCUGUACAGUGGGCAGGAGAUUGCAGACAGAGGAAAUGUUAUUAUUGUGACGCUGGGAUAUCGUGUGGGGACUCUGGGUUUCUUGAGCACUGGAGACUCUAGCUUACCUGGAAACUAUGGUCUUUGGGACCAGCACGCUGCCAUCGCCUGGGUGAACAGGAACAUCCGCUCAUUUGGAGGAGACCCUGACAACAUCACCAUCUUUGGAGAGUCUGCAGGUGGAGCUGGUGUCAGCUUCCAGACUCUCACACCCCACAACAAAGGACUGUUCAAAAGAGCCAUCUCCCAGAGUGGGGUCGCUCUUUGCCCUUGGGCUGUCAACAAGAACCCCCGCAAGUUUGCUGAGGAGAUUGCUCUGAAGGUGAACUGCCCCACUGAUGACACUAUGGCUGCCUGUUUGAAGAUGACUGAUCCUGCACUCCUUACGUUGGCUGGCUCUCUCAGUCUGUCUAGCUCACCUGAUCACCCCCUUAUAGGAAACUUGGCCCUGUCCCCUGUGAUUGAUGGUGACUUCCUGCCGGAUGAGCCCUACAACUUAUUCCAUAAUGCAGCUGACAUCGACUACAUUGCUGGAGUCAACGACAUGGACGGACAUGUCUUUACUGGUUUAGACGUUCCGUCAAUCAAUAAACCUCUGAUAGACACCACUGUUGAGGAUGUGAAGAGACUCCUGGCUUCAUACACUAAGGAGAAGGGCAAGGCUGGUUUGGACAAUGCCUACUCCACAUACACCUCAACCUGGGGAUCAAAUCCCAGUAAGAAGACCAUCAAGAAAACUGUUGUGGACAUUGGAACAGACUACAUCUUCCUGGUUCCUACUCAGGCUGCCCUCCACCUUCAUGCUGCCAAUGCCACGACUGGCCGUACCUACUCCUACCUGUUCUCUCAGCCCAAUCGUAUGGGCAGCAUUGGCUUUCCCUACCCCAUCUGGAUGGGAGCCGACCACGCUGAUGAUCUGCAGUACGUGUUCGGAAAGCCUUUCACCACACCACGGGCAUACUGGCCUCGCCACCGUGAUGUCUCUGGCUACAUGAUUGCCUACUGGACCAACUUUGCCAAAACCGGAGACCCCAAUAAAGGAGAUCUGAGUGUGCCCACUACCUGGCCUCAAUUCACCUCCACUGGACAGCAGUUCUUGGAGAUCAAUUCUAAGAUGGACAAGAGCUAUGUGCAUCAGAAGAUGAGAAUACGUUACGUGCAUUUCUGGACCAGUGUCCUUCCCAACCUUCCCAUAAUCUACACAGAAUAAAGAGCAUUAUUUGGCGUAUUGGUUCAUGAAAAAAUAAAUUGAUGACAAGUAUAAAUUAUA